AUGGUGCGGAGGCGAUCGGCAGAUGCAUGGAAGAUUCCGAAGACGUGCAACUGGAAUUCCAACGUGCUGUACCCACGCUGCGGAACUGAAAUGGCAGUCGGUGGGUGCGAAGUUGCCGUUUCCUUUAUCGUGUUCCAGUGGGGUGCUGCAAAGAUCGGGGUGCAGUAUGACUCCCACUCUUGGGGGGAAUCGGAAGGUUCAACCGUGUCGAACCGUUUCAUUCAGAAGUUUUUUCAAGACGCUGUGAUUCCCAAAUAUCAGUGUGACUACGAGGUCUUGACGGUCUUCAUUCAGCAUAGUGAUGAGUUUGCAGGAAUCUCACCUGAAUUCCUCGCGUCGCUCUGCCGGGGUCGUUCUGUGUGUGCCCUUUACUUCUUAUGGCCCAUCCAGGGAUACCAAAGCUAUGGUGAGAAGUUGCCCACAGCAGCGGCUUACGUCACUGCAGAGCCCUUCUACGCCUUGGUAAGUCGCAUGGAGGCCUCGGGCAUUCCGACGAGGUGGCCGCAUCCCGUGCAGCUUUGGAAGCUUUUGACCUCGAAGGACUGGAUCUCACAACUUUGCAGCUCUUGGCAGUUCCAAAUUCCGGUGACCACCCGGGUCUCCAAAGCUUUGGUGCUUGUGGACCCCCCGAAGGCCGCUUUGAUGGCCUUGAGUGCCCUCCGGGUGCUGCAGCGAGCCCGGCGGGAGGCUUGGAAGGCGACGCAUUCGGAUUGGAGCGAAGGGGAGGCCGAGCUGGUGGUGAAGCUGGGCUACAGCUACGAGGCUGCAGAUGUGAGGAUGGUGAAGCCCGAAACCCUGGCCGAGGCCAUGUACAGCUUGGUGACCCAGCCGAACUACACCAACGACUGCGUUUACGUCCAGGAGCGCGUGCGCACGGUGCACCUGGAGGCGCGGUGCUUCGUUCUGAACGGCGAGGUCGUGGAAGCCCUGUUCACGAGGUUUGCGAGGAUUGACUGCCAUGGCUAUGUCCGAGACUACGAGAAGAGCGCCAAAGAGGCGAGCCAGGGCCAGGGCCAGGGCCAGCUGGGGCCGGGGUUGGAGGAGGAGCCUUUGAAGUGGCUCUCAAAUGACAGAACCGCCUUCGAGGAUGCCAUGGUGCAGAUGAGGCGUCUCUCCCGUCUCUGGCAUCUUUGGCUGCUGGCCCAGUCGGCCGAGCCGACGGUUUCGGUUCGGAUCGACUACCUGGUGGAGCGCGUGGCGGAGGGCAGGGCCGAGGUGUGGACCUGCGAGGUCGGGGAGCAGGGGUACAGCAUGGAGGGCAUCGAUCCUGCUCUUGUGUUCAAGGCCGUCGUUGACACUGUCUGA